GCAUCGGGCGACGCCCCCGAUGAGCCCUCGAACGACUCGAGCGCCAAGAACGCGCCCGACCUCCUCGAGUUCGCGCAGAUCCCCGACGACAUGCGAGCCCGCUGGCUCAGGCUGCGCUCGCAUCCGGCCGCCCCCCCGCCAGCGCGGCUGCGAGCAUCGCUGAAGACGAUGGCUGGAGCGUGGACUGCGUCGCACAGGAUGCGCGCACUGCAGAACAGGAGGGGCUGCCACUACGGGCGCAACGCUAGGGGCGGGAUGGCCCGCUACUUGGUCUGCCCUCGGAUGUUCCAUCACCUGACCAAGCCGCGCGGGGCGUUCUCCACCAGCUUACUGGAUCGCCUCGGACUGGGCACCAACCAGGACAUGAUUGGCGAGAACGGCAUCCAGAGCUCGGCGGCGCGCAUGGCGGUUGCCUGCAGGGUGUACCACGACCCGUCGGGAGGAGCUGGAGCCCACAUCGCGAACUUCGAGACGAACUGCGAUAUGCUGGAG